UAUGACCCUCAAAAACCAGUGGUUUAGGACAAGACAGCUCAUGACAGUUUGACAAUUGCGUUAAGUGUGACUUACGGUAAUCAAUAGAUCCCAGAUUUGAACCGAAAAUUCCUCGUUUCUCAUGUUUUGCUGUAAUGAAAUGUUGACGUUGAGUGGCUGACUUCACUCUUCACUAACAGGACAAUGCUCCAGCUAACCUGAACUAUUGCAAAAGCCUGGCUAGACAAAUGGAUAGUUUAGAAAUCACAUCUGAAGAGGAAGACGAUGAUUAUUACGAAGCUUCGGCUCUGCUGACGAAAAAGGCCACCAAAAAAGAAAAUGGAACUAAUCAGGACAAUGCCAUUUGCCAAGCGUACCAUGGACCUCCUCUUAAAUAUCCGAAGUCAGUGUUCUUCAUCGUCACCAACGAGUUUUGCGAGAGAUUCUGCUAUUAUGGGAUGCGAACUAUUCUGGCGUUGUACCUGGUGCAGUACCUCAAAUACUCUGAGGACAAUGCGACUGUCGUGUACCAUGCUUUUGUUUCCUUCUGUUACUUGACCCCCCUGAUAGGAGCAGUCAUUGCCGAUAGUUGGCUCGGCAGGUUUAAGACCAUUGUGAUUCUCUCCUUGGUGUAUGCCAUUGGAAGCGUUGCGAUCUCGCUUUCUGCAAUCCCCAACUUAAUUCCGCCAGAGGCCUUCACCUAUGUCGGUUUGCUGCUUAUCGGGUUUGGUACAGGAGGCAUCAAGCCUUGCGUGUCCGCCUUUGGUGGCGACCAAUUUGUGAUCCCCGAACAAGAACGGCAGCUGCAACAGUUCUUCUCCAUUUUCUACUUUGCUGUAAACGGAGGCAGUUUGAUUUCCACCUUCUUUACUCCCAUUCUGCGAGAGGAUGUCAAAUGUUUUGAACGAGACGAUUGCUAUUCUCUGGCUUUCGGAGUGCCCGCCAUCCUCAUGGUUGUCUCAAUAGUCAUCUUUGUUGCUGGCAAGCCCAUGUACAAGAGCAAGAAACCAAGUGGAAACGUCAUGAUGGAAGUGUGCAAGUGCAUUUGCCACGGCAUCAGAAUGAGGUUUAAGAACAAGGAUACCAAGAAAGAUCACUGGCUGGAACAUGCUGAGGGAAAAUACAGCCAGAAAUUGAUUGAGGACAUUAAGUUGGCUUUGAAUGUCCUUGUGAUGUUCAUUCCUCUUCUUAUAUUUUGGGCUCUAUUUGAUCAGCAGGGCUCUCGGUGGACGUUCCAAGCGACUAGAAUGAAUGGAGCACUUGGCUCGUGGAACAUCAAACCUGAUCAGAUUCAAGUGAUCAAUCCUUUGCUUAUCAUCAUCCUCAUCCCUGUCUUUGAAGCAACCUUGUACCCCUGCUUCAAGAAAUUAAACAUCUUCCAAAAGCCUCUGAGUAAAAUGACCUUGGGAGGCGCCUUAGCUGCGCUGGCGUUUCUGCUUUCAGCCCUGGUCGAAUUGGCCAUCAAACCAACAGAAGCAGUCUUGCCAGUUGCUGGAGAAGCCCAGCUAAGAAUUUUCAACACGUUCAACUGCCCCCUUGCCAUUUCUGGUGAAUUAGUUGGUAGUUCUGAUAAAUUUGACAUCCCAUCUCUUGAGCUGUGGGAAAAUCUGCACAUUUCUGCUCAGGGCAAUAAAAUGUUCAAAUUGAGAGCAACUCCAGGUGCAGGAUGUGCUCCUGAAUUAGCUGAGCAGACUUUUGACGUUGAGAUCCAAGAAGGAAAGGCUUUGAGCUAUGCACUUCAUGAUGGAAGCAAAGGUCAGAAUAGAUUGCAGUUGUCUCAAAACUUUGCUGAUGACCCUGAAAAAUCUAGGAACGGAAAUGCUAAGAUGAAAGUUUUGAUCAACACAAAUGACAAUGCACCAAAGAAAGUUGUUUUUGUCGGUAAAUUGACUUAUGAAUUUGAACCCAUUUCUGGUCCUCCAGCUGUGUCUAAAAUUUUAGAAAUGGACGUGGACAGCUAUAAAAUCCUCUUAAAUGAUGAGGAAAUUGGCUCCACCUCCGUUAUUGCUGGCGGUGUUUACACUUAUGUGAUCAAUGAAGAUACCAAGGAGGUUAAAAGAGCGAUCAUUACUCCUGAAAAUUCAGUGAACAUGUUGUGGUUGAUUCCACAAUACUUCAUCAUUACAGCUGGCGAAGUCUUGUUCAGUGUCACUGGUUUGGAGUUUGCCUUCACUCAAGCUCCACUGACAAUGAAGUCUGUCAUUGUUGCUGGCUGGUAUUUAAGCGUGGCGUUUGGUAACUUUUUUGUUAUCCUCGUUGCUGAAGUCAAGUUUGUCAAUGACCAGAUGUGGGAGUUUGUCCUGUUUGCCGCACUCAUGACCAUUUCCAUGGUCAUUUUCUGGUUGAUGUCUGUGCGGUACAAGUACGUAACUAUUGCCACUGACGACUCUAUUGAAAUGGGAUCAGACAAGAAAAAGAGUGUGGACAAUGAUGCUUUUGAGGACCACAAAGAUUGAACUGGACUGUGAUAUCAAGUUGUUGUGUUUUUUGUUCGAAUAUCUCAUCACCUUUGUACAGUAUCAAACAAACUCGUUCAGAUAAAAGUAAAAAUAUAUUUAUUCUCUUAUUGCCAGCAGUAUGUUCUGCAAUGUACAAUAAAGCUCUUGCAAUUUUCAAUUGAAUUUUAAAAGACAAA